AAAUCCACUGAUUUAUUUCAACCGCCGCCGCCGCCGAUUCCAAAAAAAAAGCUCCGCGCAUGCUACUGACAAGAAACGGAAAACGAGAAACUUGCAAACAAAAAAGGGAGAAAAAGUGCGGCUCACAAAAGGAAAACGAGACAACAACAAGAAAACAGUAUCGGACGGCGGGCGGCGCAAACUAUUGUGUACCUACGGAGCGGCGUAAUAAUAUUAUAGAACAACGCAGUAAACAAACGAAACUUCUGCAACGGGCAGGGAAAAAAAUUGCAUUUGAUUGAUUUUUGCACAAACGCAAAAGAAGAAAGAGAUUUGCUGUUAUUUGUUUGUACAUGACUGUGCACAUGUGUGUGUAUGUGUGAGAGUUGAACAUUGAUAGGACGCUGGAUCGAAGAAGAAAAUCGCAUUACGCUUGUGGGAAUAGGGAAUCCUGUGAUUGAGAAUACAAAUUGUGCAGAAAACAAUCCAAAAUCAGAGCCAAAUAUCGUGUAAAUAGGAUAACUAAUAAGCAUUCACUCAACGCCAAGCCACCCACAAACCAUAAUCAUUGCACACACCACAAAGACAAAUGUUUGAAAAAGACUGAAAAACGACACACACACACACUCUCGCACAAUAUUUCUGGAAUAUUUAGCUGGAAAUCCAAGCCACCGCUGAACAAGAACCAAAACCACGCACUUAAACAGAAACAGAGACCAAAAAUAGCAAAAAUCAUUGCUAAAAUGUCAUCGCGCUCUAAGGAGAGAGUUGUCACUGCAUUUCGUAAAAUCUUCCAUAAAUCGAACAACAACAACAACAACAAUAAUAAUAAUAAUAACAAUAUGAACAACAAUGAUAAAGUUGAUGGAGCCACCGGCAACAAUAUUAACAACAAUAAUGAGGAAGCCACCUCCGCAGCUGCGGGAGGAUCUGGAUCAGGACCAGCUGGAGGCGGAGGAGCCGCAGCUGGAACGACAAACUCAAAAAAUCCUGUAGUUCGCAUGGCAGGCGAGCAGGCUCUGUGCGAUUCACCAGGCAAGCGUCGACGACAGGAUCAUAAAGUGACGCCGACGGCAGGGCGUCAGUUGGUGCCAGCCGAUCAGAGUAUUCGAUCGCGUCGCCUCAUGAAAGAGUACCGUGAGAUGGAACGACUGCAGCUCAAGUCCGACGCUGUUUUUACGGUGGAACUGGUCAAUGAUAGCCUAUUUGAGUGGCAUGUGCGACUCCAUGUAAUUGAUCCGGACUCGCCGCUGGCCCGUGACAUGAUGGAGCUGAAUGUUCCAAACAUCCUGCUGCACUUGAGCUUUCCCAACAACUUCCCCUUCGCGCCGCCCUUUAUGCGUGUGGUUGAGCCGCGCAUCGAGAAGGGCUAUGUGAUGGAGGGAGGUGCCAUAUGCAUGGAACUGCUGACGCCCCGUGGCUGGGCCAGUGCCUACACCGUGGAGGCCGUCAUCAUGCAGUUCUCUGCCAGCGUGGUCAAGGGUCAGGGUCGUAUCAUGCGUAAACCAAAAUGUACAAAGGAGUUUAGUCGCCGUCAGGCAGAGGAGUCGUUCCGUUCGCUGGUGAAGACACACGAGAAGUACGGCUGGGUCACGCCUAGCCUGGCCGAUGGUUAA